UUUCAACAAAAAUCUACAGCCAAAAGUACAAAUUCUCCCUUAACAAAGUUCAAGCUGAACAGAGAAAUGAAGAUAGCAGAAUCAAUAAAAUAUUAAGGUUCAAGUUGUUUUUGCCUCGAGAUCCAGGAAAUACAAUAAACAACUUCACUUCUGUUUUAGCCCCAACUUUACUGCAAUGUUUUUUUUCUUCUGAUAGAACAACUCAGAUAGGUAGUUUCUGACCACUAACUGCAAUCCUCAUGGCUCGAUUCUCAUCAAGAAACAGAUGUUCAUACCCUUUACUGGUUUGUAGCUUGGUGGGGUUCUUGAUUUUGCUUCAUUUCUCAUCUUUGGGUAGUUAUAGAGGUAUUAAAAAAGGGCAGAUUCAAGAAAGAUAUGAAGAGUUGGAGGAGAUCCAAAUUCCUCAACCAAGUGGAAGCCAAUCCUCAGAAGCCAACAUGCUAAUUGAUGAAUUCCUUGAUAAGUCUUCUAAACUCAGGCACAUUUUCUUUCCUGACAUGACAACUAGCAUAGACCCUAGAAAGAAUACUAAAGAUGACACCUUUUACUAUUACCCUGGGAGAAUUUGGUUAGAUACUGAUGGACAUCCUAUUCAAGCUCAUGGGGGUGGGAUUCUUUAUGAUGAAAGAUCAAGAAUGUAUUAUUGGUAUGGAGAGUACAAGAAUGGUCCUACUUAUCAAUCCCCCAGGAAGAAUGUAGCUCGGGUAGACAUCAUUGGAGUUGGCUGCUACUCUUCUAAGGAUUUGUGGACUUGGAAGAAUGAGGGUAUUGUACUAGCUGCGGAGGAACAUGAUGAGGAUCAUGACCUUCACAAGACUAAAGUAUUGGAGAGGCCUAAAGUGAUCUACAAUGAGAAGACAGGUAAAUAUGUAAUGUGGAUGCACAUUGAUGAUUCAAAUUAUACCAAAGCCUCUGUUGGAAUUGCUAUAAGCAAUUCCCCUACUGGUCCUUUUCGAUAUCUAUACAGUAAAAGGCCUCAUGGUUUUGAAAGUAGGGACAUGACUUUGUUCAAAGAUGAUGAUGGUAAGGCAUAUGUUAUUUACUCCUCUGUACACAACAGGGAGCUUCAUAUUGGUCUUCUUGAUCAAGAUUAUGUAGAUGUUACUAAUGUUAUGUCAAGGGUUCUCGUGGGGCAGUUUAGAGAGGCCCCCGCCUUGUUCAAGUACCAAGGAACUUACUACAUGAUCACAUCAGGAUGCAGUGGUUGGGCACCAAAUGAGGCACUGGCUCAUGUGGCUGAAUCAAUUAUGGGUCCAUGGGAGACUAUAGGCAACCCAUGUAUAGGAGCUAACAAAGUUUUUCGGGUCACCACAUUCUUUGCUCAGAGCACAUAUGUGCUCCCCAUUGCACCUGGUUCGUUUAUUUUCAUGGCAGAUCGCUGGAAUCCAGAUGAUUUGGAUGAUUCUAGAUAUAUAUGGCUUCCUUUGAAUAUGGAAGAAGUAACGGGCAGCCAACGACCAAGAGUAUCUAUCUUUUGGCACAAAAGAUGGAAGCUCUUUAAAAGUCCAGUAUAGAAGAAUGCUUAUAGUUUUCUCAUCAUUGAGCAAGGUACUAGUUUUCUGUGGAGUAUUAGAACUAAUGUGAAGUGAUGCAAGGAUAUCUAUUAGAAUACCUUGUUACCUUGUUGGAACUUGCAUUACACACAAUUUUAUGCCAUGUAUAUCAAGAUGUAUGAUUGCAGCUU